AUGGAGCCAAGAUCCAGAGUGGUGCUUAUGACUCAGAUCAACUGCCCUCCCCAGACAGAACUUCUGGCCUCUCUGGAAACCUAGAUUAAACUGCUUUCUCUGACAGCUCUUUCUCCACAACCCUUGAUUCUCUCACCAUUGAAACUUCAGAACCAACUCUAACCAUCCCCACCCCCAGGUGAGGGGAAUGAUGGGAAUUACUGAGAGCCUGACAGUUGGCCCCCAAAUCGAUUUCCUUUCAUACUUUACUACAAAUCUGACCAUAUUUCCAUUUUUACUGUGCAAAAUUAAUCAAAUAUACCUACUCUUGUGUCCUAGAUGUAGCAGGGAGAGGGAAGAGAAGGAAUAAAGGAAGUCGAGAGCUGGGAUGGGAAUGAGAGGCAAAGGGCUUAUGUAGGGAGCAAAGGGCUAACUAAUCUAGUUAGGCACUUUUUUCUGAGGUGCUGGGAGAGUAUUGGAAGUAAACUCUUACUAGAAAAAGCAUGGUGUGGUGGAAGAGUACAGACUUGGAUUUGGAAGCCACAUUAGCACUUGCUGUUUGACCUUAAAUCACUUAUGGUCUCUGACCUUUAAUUCCUCAUCUGUAAAAUUAAUAGGUCUCCAAAGUCUCUUUUAAACAUCAUGAAUAUGAAGGGAUUCAAAGAAGUGACCUUUGCAGAUUCUUUGCUCCAGCCUUAAAGCUGUUAUAUCUAUUUACCAUAAUUGUUUCUUGUUGCCAUUGCCCAUUACCAAAAACCAUGCACUAUACUGGACGAUUUACAUAAAAUUAAACUCCAUAAUUGAGAGUGAUACUAUUAUGACUUCCGUUUUACAGCUGAAAAAUUAAGGCUUAAAGAAAAUAAUUUACCCAAAAUUACAUAAUUAAGGACAGAUCCAGAAUUUACACUAGGUCUAUCUGGUUCCAAAGUUUAUGCUUAGUCUUAACGUUUUUCUAUCUGCUGUAAGGACCUUGCAAAAGAAAAUGUAUGGAUAAAGGGAAAUUACUAACUACCAUUUCUUGUCUGUUUUUCUCCCAUUCUUGCCUUCAGAAGUUAACCUGCCCCUGUCGUCAAAUCCACAGGACAACUUAUUGCUCCUUUACGGUUUCAACUGAAACGCUGCGGAUCUCAGGAUUGCGGGCGUGUGUUACAGUUUCCAUUUUCCUGUCAGCCGGAACCACUUGCACAGCCGGAACCACUUGCACAGCGGCUGGUGCUGUGUGGGGUGUACCCCUGCGGAGUUCCUGGAGGUGGUGCCAGGCUAGAGUGGCAGCUGUAGGAACCAAUAGACAGAAACAUUGUUGGGCCAGAAGCCAAUGAGGAAUCUGGUGAAGGAGAAGCGGCGAUAAUCUGUUUGAGCAUGUAGGCACAGGUCUGAAGAAACAUGGGUCUCUGUCAGAGGUGGCAACUUCUCCGGCUACCAGGGUUACAGGUCUGCGGGCUGCACACGGCAGCUGUGCCGACCCUUCCGCACUGGUUGGCCGAGCGGCUUGGCCUUUUUGAGGAGCUAUGGGCUGCUCAGGUAAAGAGGUUAGCAAGCAUGGCACAGAAGGAACCCCGAACUAUUAAGAUAUCGCUUCCUGGAGGCCAGAAAGUGGAUGCUGUGGCAUGGAACACAACCCCUUACCAACUAGCCCAGAAGAUCAGUUCAACACUGGCAGAUACUGCAGUGGCUGCUCAAGUGAAUGGAGAAUUUUAUGAUCUGGAGCGGCCCUUGGAGACAGAUUCUGAUCUCAGAUUUCUGACAUUCGAUUCACCAGAGGGAAAAGCAGUCUUCUGGCACUCCAGCACCCAUGUCCUAGGGGCAGCAGCUGAACAAUUCUUAGGUGCUGUUCUCUGCCGAGGUCCAAGUACAGAACGUGGCUUUUACCAUGAUUUCUUCUUGGGAAAGGAUCGGACAAUCCGGGGCUCAGAGCUACCUGCUCUGGAGCAGAUUUGCCAGGAACUUGCAGCUGCUGCUAAACCCUUCCGGAGGCUAGAGGCUUCCCAGGAUCAGCUUCGCCAGCUCUUCAAGGAUAACCCCUUUAAGCUUCACCUAAUUGAGAAGAAAGUGAGAGGUCCAACAGCAACAGUAUAUGGGUGUGGCACAUUGGUUGAUCUUUGCCAGGGCCCCCAUCUUCGGCAUACUGGACAGAUUGGGGCACUGAAGCUGCUAACGAAUUCAUCAUCUUUGUGGAAGUCUUCAGGGGCCCCAGAGACACUGCAGAGAGUAUCAGGGAUUUCCUUCCCCACAGUAGAGUUACUGAGAGCUUGGGAAGCAUGGAGAGAAAAAGCAGAGUUGAAGGACCACCGGCGCAUUGGGAAGGAACAGGAGCUCUUCUUCUUCCAUGAACUGAGCCCCGGGAGUUGCUUCUUCCUGCCACGAGGAACAAGGGUGUAUAAUGCACUGGUGGCAUUUAUCAGGGCUGAGUAUGCUCGUCGUGGUUUCUCAGAGGUGAAAACCCCCACCCUGUUUUCUACAAAACUCUGGGAACAGUCAGGGCACUGGGAGCAUUAUAGGGAAGACAUGUUUGCCCUGCAGCCCCCAGGCUCUGACAGGCCUGCCAGCUCCCGGAGUGACCACCCUACCAGGCUUCCCACAGACACACUUGCCCUCAAGCCCAUGAACUGCCCUGCACACUGCCUGAUGUUCGCCCACCGGCCCAGAUCCUGGCGGGAGCUGCCCCUGCGACUGGCUGACUUCGGGGCCCUACACCGAGCCGAAGCCUCUGGUGGUCUGGGGGGACUGACCCGGCUGUGGUGCUUCCAGCAGGAUGAUGCUCACAUUUUCUGUGCACCCGAUCAGCUGGAAGCAGAGAUCCGAAGCUGUCUUGAUUUCCUCCGCUCUGUCUAUGCCGUCCUUGGCUUCUCCUUCCACCUGGCACUGUCCACUCGGCCUUCUGGCUUUCUGGGGGACCCUUGCCUUUGGGACCAGGCUGAACAGGUCCUUCAACAGGCUCUGGAGGAAUUUGGAGAACCCUGGGACCUCAACUCUGGUGAUGGUGCCUUCUAUGGGCCUAAGAUUGACGUGCACCUCCACGAUGCCUUGGGUCGGCCUCAUCAGUGUGGGACAAUCCAGCUUGACUUCCAACUGCCCUUGAGAUUUGACCUCCAGUUCAAGGGGUAUAGACUCUUUCCCCAUCCCCUUUUCCCUCAAGUACUUGGCACAAAAAUGGACUUGGGGAAAUGUUGGCUUCAUUUUUUCUUCCUAGAGAGAAUUGAUGUUAUGGCAGUACCAGAGUUGAGCGCACAGCAGAGCCUGCAGGCUGCAGGACUGGCCAGCGACCUGGAUGCUGACUCUGGACUGACCCUCAGCAGGAAAGUCCGCCGGGCCCAGCUUGCCCACUACAACUUUCAGUUUGUGGUUGGCCAGAAAGAGCAAAGUAAGAGAACAGUGAAUAUUCGGACCCGAGAUAAUCGUCAGCUUGGGGAAUGGGAUUUAACUGAGGCUGUGCAGCGGCUGGUGGAACUACAGAACACCAGGGUCCCAAAUGCUGAAGAAGUUUUCUGAGCCUUUCUACGCAGAUGAAGCAAAGACUGACCAAAAGAGCCAUUAGCCUCCAAUAAUAUGGGAGACCUCAACCUAACUGACAGUCUAGAGUCUCCCAGAAUCCUCAGAACUCACAUGGAGGCAUGUGUCUGCUCUCCUGAAAAGAGCCUUAGUUUGUGGACCCCACAGAGGGAGGGAGGCUCUGCCUGUUUGGAUGUGAAGGGAGUGAAACUGAAAAAACAAAUAAACCCGAAGCUGUUGGGUA